AUGCUCAAUAGAUGCAUUUCCUCGAGUAUACGAAGAUUCUCAAUCAUCACUAUGUCAGAUUUCUAUAAAUUGACGGCGAGAACUGUCGAUAACGAAGCCUUUCCAUUCGCCCAAUUGAAAAACCACGUUGUUUUAAUUGUGAAUGUAGCAUCCAAAUGUUCAUUCACCCCUCAAUAUAAGCAAUUGGAGAAACUGUAUACAAAAUAUGAGGAACAAGGACUUAUAAUUCUCGGGUUUCCCUGUAAUCAAUUUGCUAAUCAAGAACCGGGAUCUGAUGAAGAUAUAAAGAAAUUCUGUCAAGAAUCGUUCGGGGUCACAUUCCCUCUAAUGAAGAAAAUUAAUGUAAAUGGCCAAAAAGCUGAUCCCAUUUAUAGGUAUUUGAAGGAAAGACAACCAGGUCUUUUUGGAAUUAAAUCAAUCAAAUGGAACUUCGAGAAAUUUUUAAUCGAUAAGCAUGGAAAUAUUCAGAAAAGAUACAGUUCAAUAACAAAACCUUCAGAGAUUGCCCAAGACAUCGAGGAAUUGCUUUGA